AUGGACUACCGCAACAAUAACGGCAGUAGCCGCAACGGAGGCCCUGCUAUGGGCGCCUCCUCCGGACACGACUACCAGUCCUCCUACGACCCGACCCAAGCCAACACCCUCGCCAACAGACGCACCUCUGUCGACCACCAGGCCCACAUCACCAAACAACGACCCAUCACCGCCUACUCAUCCCUCAUCCCUCCCCCUUCUCCUACUUACUUCCGUCUCCAGGAGAUGGGCGCACGCACAAGUACCUACGGUGCACCCGGAGGAGGUGCAGGAAGCGCUGGAGGACCACGGGCACCACCACGAGGCGAGCUGGACCAUCUCCGUCCUCUUGAGAAUGGCAAUGGAGCAGCAGCAGCGGUUGUGGAGGAGAACAUCUCGUGGUACCAAAGGCUCAACAUCUGGAUGAUCAACGAAGGAAACAGAGUCAUCUUCUUUGGACUAUGGAUUAUGGUCCACAUCGGACUCUUUGGACUCGCAUUCUUCAACUUCUUCUAUUCGGACAACUUUGUCACCUCGCGUGCAAUCGUCGGCGUCACCCUCCCAAUCGCUCGUGGAUCUGCUUUGGUGCUCCAUGUCGACGCUGGUGUCAUCCUCCUCCCUGUCUGCAGGACCCUCAUCUCUUGGCUUCGUUCCACCCCCCUCAACCGUAUCGUGCCUUUCGACAAGGCCGUCACCUUCCACAAGGCCAUCGCCUGGAGUAUCGUCUUCUUCUCCUUCCUCCACACCUUCGCCCAUUACCGCAACUUUUACCUGCUCUCCAAGGCAGCACCCGAAAAGUACAACUUUUGGCACCUAAUGUUCGUCUCCGGACCAGGAUGGACCGGUCACAUCAUGCUCAUCGUUCUCGUCGUCAUAGUCGCCACUGCCCUCCCCUCUGUCCGCACGAAGAAGUUUGAGACCUUUUGGUACUGGCACCAUCUCUUCCUGGUCUUCUUCUUCUUCUUCUCCUUCCACGGAGCAUUCUGUCUCCUCACCCCCGACCGCCCUCCUUACUGCAAGGAUAUCUCUGCUUUCUGGAAGUACUGGGUCGCCAGUGGCUUUAUUUACCUGCUGGAGCGUAUCGCUCGUGAAUGGCGCGCUAAGCAAAAAACUGUCAUCUCCAGAGUCAUCCUCCACCCUUCCAAGGUCGUUGAGAUCCAGAUUAAGAAGGAGGACUGCCGCGCUCUGGCUGGACAGUACAUCUUUCUCUGCUGCCCCGAGGUCUCGCUCUGGCAAUGGCAUCCUUUUACACUUACCAGCGCACCCGAGGAAGACUACAUCAGUGUCCACGUGCGUGUCGUCGGAGACUUUACCAAGGAGCUAUCCAAAAAACUCGGAUGUGACGCUGAGGGUGUCGGAGAGUGGGAGGAGAGUUUGGGCGAUCGCAAUGGAUUGGUGACAGUUUUGCCCAGGAUCAUGAUUGACGGACCCUUCGGAGCUGCCUCGGAGGAUGUCUUCAAGUACGAGGUGACGGUGUUGGUCGGAGCCGGUAUCGGAGUGACACCCUUCGCCAGUGUUUUGAAGAGUAUCUGGUACAGAGUCAACUACCCCACCAAGGCCACCAAACUGCACAAGGUCUACUUCUUCUGGAUUUGCAGAGAUAAGGAGUCCUUCGAAUGGUUCCAGUCGCUUCUGUUGGCCCUCGAGUCCCAGGAUUUGAACCAGUUCAUUGAGAUUCACACUUUCUUGACUGGUCGUCUGAGGCACUCGGAGGUCGGUAACUUGAUGAUCAACGAGGACAGCGCCUUUGCCGAUACCGUGACAGGAUUGCGCGCCAGGACGUGUUUCGGACGCCCUAACCUUGAUAUGGAAUUUGACCGCAUCAGGAACAACCACCCCGACACUGAUAUCGGCGUCUUCUUCUGUGGACCCAAGCGCAUGGGCAAGCAGUUGCAUUCAUGCUGUACAAAGUUCAGUGGUUCCGGCACCUCCUUCUUCUGGCACAAAGAUACGGACAACAUCGUCGACAAAGGGCGAUUUGGGAUUGUUCACCUUGUCAUCAGGCACCUUCUACGCCAACAAGUACUUCAAACCUCCCAGGGCGCACGCUACUAUUCCAUCUCGGCACCAUUGACCUCCGUCGUCGACAACUCCAAAGAUGACUUGAUUGUCCAAUACACCGCCAAACAGGAAGUCAACCAAGAAUGUGGCGGAUCCUACCUCAGGUUACUCCCGGAGGGGUUUGAUGCCAAGACUUUCAACGGUGAUAGCGAGUACGCGAUCAUGUUUGGACCGGAUGUCUGUGGGGCCCAGAACCGGAUCCAUGUGAUUUUCCAUCAUGAGGGGAAGAAUUAUUUGACAAAGAAGGAGUUCCCGGUACACAAGGAUACUAAGACUCAUCUCUACCGUUUGACUGUUCACCCAUUGGUGGAAGAAGGAUAUAUCGUGGACGAGUCCCACAAGAAACCCGAGAACUAUGACCAGAUCCUACAGACGAUCCCCGACCCGGAAGCCAAGCAACCCAAAGAAUGGCACGACGGCGAAUGGGAGGUCCCCGAGAUCGACAACCCAGAUUUCGAGGCAUGGGAGCCCAAGAUGAUGACCAACCUUGCCAACAAGGGGGAAUGGAAACCGGUUGAUAUUCCCAACCUCGAUUUCCAGGAGCAUCCGAGUCUGGCGCAUUAUCGGAUUGGCCGGGUUGGGUUGGAUCUGUGGCAGGUGAAUAGUGGAUCGAUUUUUGAUGAUAUUGUGGUGAAGACGGAUAAGGAGACGUUGGUGGCAGAGUUGGAGGCCAAGGCUGCGAAGGAGAAGGAGGCGAAGGAGGCGAAGGAGAAGGAAGCCAAGGAGAAAGAGGAGAAGGUGAAGGCGGAGGCAGAGACCAAGGUUGCAGAGGAGACCAAGAAGGCGGAAAGCGGCGAGCUCAAGGAGAAGAAGGUGGUGACGGGUGGAUCCGAUGAACUGGAUGAGCUUGAUGAGGAGCAACAUGAUCAGAACCGCCACGACGAGUUUACUGUCACAAUGUCCGACCAUCCUCUUUACCAGCUGGAUCCCCGCACCCCUGGUAGUGACAGCGCCAACAACACCGUCCACAUCAGGAAGCGCGACAAGUUUAGCGAGUUCUGGGGCUUCAAGUCCAACUCCAAGGAGAUCAAGCCCAAUGCCUCGACUCAGCCGCUGAGCUCCCGAACUCAAUCUCAACAGUCGACACGGUCUCCCUCUGUUGUCUCUCAGGCCAGCAACUUCUUAGGCGACAGUCAGCCAAUUUCUUCUAGCAUCACCAUGCAGGGCAAACCCUUACCACCCCUUCCUCCAACUGAGGUUAAGCCCCUCCCAGAUAUAUUUCAGGAGAAUCUGCCAAAGCCUGUCAUCAAGACCGAGCUGCCCUAUCUCCAGCAACGGAUUGAGAGGAUCGAGCAAUUGAUAUACUGCAACGCCUUGCUUCUGCGGGAUACAAUGACCCCAACGAAAGCUGCCACAGGAAAGGAUGCGGACAGUUCUGGCUCCCUCGUUCUUCAAGAACCCGCCCUUGACAACGCGGAGCUCGACUGGUUGGAAACGACGAAGAACGACUCAAUGGAAGCAGAUCGCCUGCGCUGGUUGGCCACUCGGGUGGUGGAACAGUUUGUCGCGGAUGUCAACAAGGAUUCCGCCAAGAUUGUUGAGAUUGUCACUCUGGGACCCGCCUUGCAGAAGGAACCUUACCGCAAGCUGCUCUCGACCUUCAUCAAGGAGUUUGAGGAUGCUCGCAUUCUGGACGUUGAUAUGCUGCAAGGUCUUGUCCAGCUGGUUCAGGAUUCCUCCCCUAGCUUCCUUGUCUCCGAUGACCUGGUCAAGAUUCUUGGCAUCCUCAGAGUCCACCUGCAAGGCACUCACCAACAGUCGAACGAGCACUCGUCUCACCUCACUCUGGCUGUUUCCACAGUCCUCGAUGUUAUGGCAGACCACAAGGUGCAGGAUCUGGAUCGUGUCCUCGAACAUGAGCCACUGUCGGCAGUCUUGUCGGGACUGAGGGAUAGCUCGGACCCCUACCUGAUGUACCAGGCCUGCUAUGCCUUCCAGGCUCUCCAGUAUGUGCCUGAUGACGAGACCGCUCUUCGGGCUGUGUUGAGACACUCAACCGGUGUGGUUGACGGCCUAGUAAAGGUCACUGCCAUCUUUAAGCUGGAUCUGGCGUCGGUUCUCAAGGGUCUGGGCAAUCUGCAGGAAGCUCUUGGAGGCGCGAUAUCAGUGGCUGGUACUGUGUACGAGGGGAUCCGUUCGUUGAUUGAGAGCGGCCGAAAUGUUCUGGACGGUUUGAAGGAAGGACUUGGAUCUGGCCAGAAGCGACUUUGGUAUCCUGCUGUCAAGGCUGCCUACGCUUUUGCCCGGGUUGGCCAGCUCAAGGACUUGAAGCAGCUGAUCUUUGAGGCUCCUUGUCGCCGAGACCCUUUGUUUCAGUGGGGAGUCUGCCAGUUGUUGGGUGAGAUUGCGGUGGAUCCUGCGUGGGCUGUCUCUGCACGCCAACAAUCUGUCUCUCUCCUCGGUCAUCUCUGCCAGCACGAUCAAAACUGGGGUCAGGAUGAGAGCGUCAAGGCAUGGAUGCUCACCAUCAUCACCAACCUGUGCGCCCACUCCGACCAAAUCGUCAGUGAGACCGCCCGUUCUGCGCUGCAGGAUCUCACAGUGGAACAUAGUGGCUUAAUCAAGCACCCUUAUUCAUUGAGGACCCGUCUCCCUUUGCCUUCCGCAUCGCCACUCCUUACCAAGGUCCAAAACAUCCAGUAUCUAGAGUACGAACUGCACAAGUACCGGUUGCAGCGGCUAGAGGAAGCCAAACUGCCCGUCUACAUCCCUCCUAUGGCCAAGGCCAAUCUUCAAGCCCGCGAUGACGAGCUAUUCCCCCUCAAGGAGAAAGUCCACGAGCUCCUGGCCAGUGAGCGACAAGUUAUGCUGAUCUUGGGUGACUCUGGAGCAGGCAAGUCAACCUUCAACAAGCAUCUCGAAUCCGAGCUCUUGCGCACAUACACUCGCGGUGGCCCUAUCCCAUUGUUCAUCAACUUGCCCGCCAUCGACCGACCCGACAAGGAUCUCAUUGGCGAGCAUCUGAGGACCAACAACUUCUCUGAGGCACAGAUUCAGGAGAUGAAGCAAUAUCGCCAAUUUGUCCUCAUCUGUGACGGGUACGACGAGAGCCAGCUCACCGUCAACUUGCACACAGCCAACCUCUUCAACCGGUCUGGUCAGUGGAACGUCAAGACGGUGAUCUCUUGCAGAACUCAAUUCCUAGGUCAAAACUACCGCAGCCGGUUUAUCCCCGACGGCACUGGCCACUACACUCGCCAGGCUACCGAUCUCUUCCAGGAGGCUGUGAUCUCUCCUUUCUCCAAGGAGCAGAUCGAGGACUAUGUCGAGCAGUAUGUCCCCCUCGAGCCGCGGACCUGGACCACCAAGGACUACAUGGACAAGUUGACCACCAUCCCCAAUCUCAUGGAUCUGGUCAAGAACCCUUUCCUUCUUUCACUGUCUCUGGAGGCACUGCCAGGAGUUACUGAGGGCAAGCAGGAUCUGUCGGACAUCAAGAUCUCCCGUGUUCAGUUGUACGAUACUUUUGUGAGGUAUUGGUUGGAUGUCAACAGUCGGCGGCUUCAACGAAAUGUUUUGACCAGGGAGGAUCGAGAUAUGCUGGAUCAACUAUUGGAAGCAGGAUUUAUUCCGAUGGGCAUCGACUACUCCACUAGACUGGCGUCGGCGAUCUUUGAGCACCAAGACGGAAACCCGGUGGUUCAAUAUCUCCACAUGAAGGACAAGAAGACGUGGAGAGCCGAGUUUUUUGGCCCUGACCCUGAGACCCGAAUGCUGCGAGAAUCGAGUCCGCUAACCCGCACUGGACAACUCUACCGCUUUGUGCACCGAUCAAUGCUCGAGUACUUUCUUUCAUGCGCCGUUUUCGAUCCCAGCAGCCAUGACGUCGACGAUGAAUUUUGUCCGCAACCCGUUCCUGACUCCACUCCUGCCCAACUCUUCGCCACUGAUGGACUCUUAUUCAAGCGGAACCUACUCAACGAACCUUCGGUCAUCCAGUUCCUGUGCGAACGAGUCAAGCAGCACCCCGAUUUCGAGAAGCAACUCCUAGCCGUCAUCGAGCAGUCCAAGACCGAUGCCACUGCUGCCACCGCUGCCGCCAACGCCAUCACCAUUCUUGUCCGAGCCGGAGUCCAUUUCAACAGCACCGACCUCCGUGGCGUCCGCAUCGCAAGAGCUGAUCUUUCCGACGGCCAGUUCGAUUCCGCGGAGUUGCAGGGAGCCGAUCUGAGAGGGGUCAACUUUGCAAGGAGUUGGCUGCGGCAAGUGGACUUCGGCAAUGCACAGAUGGAUGGCGUACGGUUUGAGGAGCUGCCAUAUUUGCAGGAGCGAGACUCAGUCAAUGCCGUCGCCUUUUCGCCCAACGGAAAGUUGAUUGCUGUCGCUGUGCGUGGCGGAAGCGUUAUUACCUACACCACUACGACAUGGACUCGAGUUCUUCAACACAAAGAGCAGAGUAGGAUGCUGAGUAUCGCCUUUUCACCUAACAGCCAACACCUUGCACUUGGGAACUUGAACGGGGACUGUCGAGUGUUGGAUACUGCCAGUGGCGAGAUUUUGUUGGUUAUGAAGGGACACACAGAUUUGGUGAAGUCUGUGACAUUUUCACCUUGUGGCAAGCAGAUCGCGUCGGCCAGCCAUGACAGCACGGUUCGGUUGUGGAACUCGGAGACAGGGGAGUGCUUGUUUGUCUUGAAGGGCCAUGAGGAUAUUGUUUUGAGUGUCGCGUAUUCAGCUGAUGGACGGAGACUUGUUUCGGGUAGCAGCGAUAGGACGAUCCGAGUGUGGGAUCCGGAGACAGGAAUACCAAAGGCCGACUGGGUGAUUCCCCGUGUUGAUGGUCCACGCGUGGCCCUUUCUGCGGAUGGGAGGCGGCUCGCCAUUGUGACUGGUUCGAAACGUUCCAAGAUUCAACUCGUGGAUGGCAUCACCGGAGAGACGGGGUUGAUUCUUGAUGACGAUGCUGGCGGGCUAACAGAUAUUGCAUUCUCUCCAAGCGGCGACUUGAUUGUUUCGUCAAGCAGGGACAAGACCGUUCGACUGUGGGACUCAUCGAGCGGACAGCUCAUCUCCAGGUUGUCGGGUCACAGCAAUCGGAUCACCACCUGUACCUUUUCCCCAGACGGCCUACAAAUCGCUUCAGGAGAUCGGAACGGGAUUAUACGAAUCUGGGAUGUGAACACCAACCGGUCGAGUUCCAUUACACAAGAACUUGCCGCCAAGGUUAGAACUGUGGCAUACUCCCCUGACGGCCAGUUUAUAAUCUCUAAUCAUGUUAACAACACCGUUCAACGCUGGGACUCUUCCACAGGAGCUUCCAGACCCAUUCCGUCAUCGUCCACAUUCGAUGUUUACUCGGUCGUGCUUUCACCGAACGGCCGUUGGUUUGCGAACCGUUGCAGAGACGAGAAUAUUCGGCUGUUGAACGUCCAAACAAAUGUUGUUGAGCGUAUUCUCUGCGGAUCUCCCUACUACCUAGUUGUUGAUAUGACUUUCUCGCGCUGUAGUCGGUGGUUGGCCUCAUGCGACAGUGACGGGUUUACAACAUUGUGGGAUCUUGAGAGUACCGAUGAUCAAGGCAAAGUGGUGGGUGAGAAGGUCGAUCUGUUCCGCUCGGGAGCUUACGUGACUUUCUCUCCCGUUGGAGACCAGAUUGCAGUUGGAUUGCGAACGAGCCCAUGGAGACUUCGUCUUUACGAUCUUCGAGUGACAGACCUUUGCCAACCUCUGAAGGAAGUAUGUUUAUCAAACAGGCUACACUCCAUAGACUACUCACCAGAUGGCCAGCGACUCGUACUCGGUACUGGUUCUUCCUCGGUCAUGCUCUGGGACCUUCAGUCGGACGAGCCUGAUGUCAAACUGGAAGGUCACACUGGCGUGGUGUACAGCGUAGCCUACUCUCCUUGUGGCAAGUGGAUCCUUUCCGGCAGCGAAGACAAGACGGUUCGACUCUGGUCAGGCAAGGUCGACAGUUGGUCUUGUGCUGCUGUUGUCAGUGGAUGUUCAGUGGCCGUUACAAGCGUAGCAUGGAAUCCGGUGAUGCCGAUGGAAUUUGUCACUGGUUCCGAUGAUGGGUCUGUUCGAGUGUGGCGUAUCUCGAGUCCCGAUGCAGGAGAUGUCUCGGUUCGAAUGCACUGGGGUUCCCACAUUGGGCGGUUGUGCGCCGCUGAUCUGACUUUCAAGGGAGCCGUUGGUCUCAGUACGAUCUAUCGCAAGUUGUUGGUCCAGCGCGGUGCUGUUGACGAGUUAUUGUCCUCCGGAGAGGAAGAAUCCAGCGGAGGAGAGAUUGAGCAAGUGGAGUAG